AUGGGUGACGUACGGUUUCGUUUGGGCUUCAAGGACAUGAGGCACAGCACCAGCAUCAAGGACGAGGAGGGGUACCCUGCCUUCGCCCUGGUGAACAAGGCCACAGGGGAGGCCAUCAAGCACUCCCUUGGCCAGUCCCACGCUGUUCGGCUUGUGCCGUACAACCCUGACUUCCUGGACGAGUCGGUGCUGUGGACGGAGAGCCGGGACGUGGGCAACGGCUUCCGGUGCGUGCGCAUGGUGAACAACAUCUACCUCAACUUCGACGCCCUCAACGGCGACAAGUACCACGGCGGCGUCCGCGACGGCACCGAGGUCGUGCUCUGGAAGUGGUGCGAGGGCGACAACCAGCGCUGGAAGAUCCAGCCUUACUACUGAUGGAACCACUGAAUAUGACUGAACCAGUCAUGCUUGGUCCGCACGGAGCAUACGUAUUACUGCAGAGCGAUGCCUCCCUACACUGAAGAAUAACGGAGCCGUCGUCUACUGCCUUCCGAUGAUGCGAUCCACGCUGAUGAUAUACAGAAGGUCGGAUGACAAGAGCUCGUGUGCGGGCACCAGACGCUGGCUGUUGUGCUUGUACGUGUAAUGAUAAUAAGUUAAUAGUAUGUCAAUAAAGUAACUUUGAGUGUGAUUCCUUCAAA